AUGGAGUACAAACUAAUCAGUGUCGACUAUUACGAGCGUGUGAUUGAUCAUCUGCGGGGCAAUUUCUUUGCCGACGAGCCACUGAAUCGAGCAGCUGGACUUUGCCAGCAGGGAGGCGGCAAUCGUGAACUGGAGCAUCACAGCCUGGCCACGCUGCAGGAUCAGCUGAGCAUAAUGGCCGUGGAUGAGCGUAAGGAUAGCGUCAACUAUGGCCAAAUAGCUGGCGUUAUAUUAAACGGUGUGCUGCGUUCUGGUGAUACGGAACAGGCGCUGGACAAACUGCAAUUCAGCUGCGACAGUAACUACAAGAAGAUCUUUGAGCUGUUGUAUCGCCACAGCUUGCAGGUGGACCUGUUUGCACGCUACAAUGUGCAACGCAUCUUUGAUGUGCGCAUCCUGUCGGUCGAUUCACGCUAUCGUGGUCAGGGCAUUGCCAAGGAGCUGGUGCGACGUGCCGAGCAGGUGGCACGUGAAUCUGGCUAUCAUCUGCUCAAGGCUGAUGCCACUGGCAUCUUCUCGCAGAAGAUACUGCGCUCCCAGGGCUUUGAGGCGUUCUCCGAGCAGCUCUAUGCCAAAUAUAGGGACGAUGAGGGUCGCAUCAUUUUGCCAGUGGAAGCGCCUCACAUCAAAUUGCAGCUGCUAACCAAGGAGCUAAAAUAUGAAAACGAUCAUUAG